UUCAUAUUUUAUGCGCGUUCUUUUGCCGGCGCCCUCUGGUUUGUGUUGUUGGACGCUCAGUCAUAUUGUGAUUACAUUUUAUGUUUAAAAGAGGCGUUAAUAUAGAAAUUCCAAUAUGAGGCGCUUCUUGUUGGUGGCGUUGUUGGCUGCCACGGCAGCGGCCCAGGUGGUCGACGAAAAUGUGGACAAUUAUCAGCAUGAGUUGGAUGACAACUACAUGCCAGUUUUCACAGAGAAGCAGCUGGAGAACCCUGUCAUUGUUCCCCUUGACAUUACCAGCGGCAUCCACGAGGAGACUUACAAUGCUAAGAGUUUCAUGAGCAAGGACGGAAAGAUCAUGAGCACUGUUUUCCAUGCUCCUUCUGAUGCUCUUUUCAAGGCCAUUAACCAUGGUGUAACAACCAUUUUCAACCCGGAAACUUUCCUUUCCUACAAGGUCAUCGUUGACUACGUUGACAAGGAGGCAUACUACGUUCGUAUCUUCGGUAUUGUCAAGCGUGGUGUUUACGGUGUGAGGUACCUUAUUAACACUAACGAUGGUUUCGUUAAGGUUUCCCGUGCCGAAUACAACAGACACCGUGCCCAAUACAGCACUCCUUACACUCUUGAUCUCUGUGCUCAGAAGAGUGAGCUUUUGGAGAAGAACAUCGUUGAGGAGCACCCAGAGUCUCCUCAAGAGUUCACUUCUUACCAGCCUCAGUUCAACUACCACAUCAACGAAGUUGUUGCUGGUCCGGUUAAAUUGUGCGAGUUCGAUCCCGCCAAGGCCGGUACUGGUAUGAAGGUUAUGACUUACAACUUCGACGGAAAGAAGUACUGUGUUGUUCAGGCAGUAAACAUUGACGGUGGUAUGGAGGAACACGUUUUCGUUGAAACUGAAGAGGGUUUCACUCGUAUUUCCGACCGCCAGAGAGACGGUUUCUUUACCCCUGCUAGUGAGGAGACCACCACAUCAUCAGAGGAGACCGAUGAGGACGGUUGCGGCGCUACCGACGAUCAGCCUGACCAAGAAGGUGUGAUCAAUUACACCCAGCUCACCCCUCCAUCUCAACACAUUUCUAAGAUGUUCUCCCAAUUGCAGUUCCUUAAGGUUAACAUUCGCCAGUCACCUAGGGAGAACGGUCCUUGGACCCGCACUACUUACCAAAACGGUAAUGGUUGCCACGAAACCAUGAUUACCGCUCAGCAAGGUUACGUUAUUUACAGGUUGGUAGACAACAGCAGACUUAUAUGGGAGCGCCCCGGUCUUGCUCUUACCAACGCUACCCUCAUGAACAACCUCAAUGGUGAAGAGUUCCUUCAGCUUGAGGUUCUUGCUGAGGACGGUUCCUCAUUCAACUACUACUUCUCCAAGUACGAUGACAAGUGGCACCCGAUUACUAGGGAGCGCGCUAGGGAACUUGCCAACCCCAACAAGAUUGGUACCGUUGAGGAAAAGAUCCACCUCAAGUGCCCCGAUUUGAGCCAGCAUGAUCUUGACAGGCUGAAGUGCACCACCUCACUUCCUUUUGACACCACCAUUGACUGCCACUAUGCUUGGUUGACUGACUCCGUCUCUGAGGGUGCUAUGUUGACCAGGAAGCUCUGUACCGCCAUGGACGAGUACUACAGUUUCAACUCCUUCAUUACUGCACGUGAUGUUAUUAUGGACCUCAAGGAUCAGUACCGUUCCACCCAGGCCAUACACUACAAGGCCGUUGGUCUCGAGCUUUUGGGUUUCAACGCUUUCGACUUGAACACCGGUAGGUGCUCCCUCCAAUUCUACUUGAGACGUGAGAACCGCUGGAUCCGUAUUGACCAGGCUGUGUUCUACCAGCGUAUCAACGAUGUAUUGGAAUUCAUUUUCUUGAAGAGGAGGCAGGCGGCCAACGGCACUGACCUAAGUGACGACGCCGUUCUCAACGACGAAAUGGCUAACUACGUCCUCAGCGCUAUGCACACCUUCCAGCACCGUGACAUCGACACUGACCUUCCAAUGAAGCACGAGUACGACUCUCACACUGGUGGUUACAAUGUUGGUAAGAACCUUCCUCAUGACCGUGAGUGCUCUGGUUCAACUGAGUGCCACUGCCCAUGCAAGUGCAAGUGUACCUGCAACCAGACCGCAGCUGAGAAGAACGCCGCUCUUGAGCACAUCUCCCUUGAGCUCCACUGCAAGCAGGAUAAUCGUUACAAGAUCCACGCUGUCACCGGUCGUGACGGUUCCACUAGGAUCAACUUUAAGCCAUCUGAAGGAUACAAGUUUGCCGAAAUCACUGAGGGCGGUAUUCUCAUUUUCAAGAACCCCGAAUUCAACAUUACUGACGCUAUCAUUGACAUAUCAACCGAUGGUCAGUACUUCCUCCAAGUUUUGGGUUUCGACCACAAAGGAGAGCAGCACAUUUACUACCUCUACAAGGCUAAAAAGGCACACACCUUCACCGAAGUUUGCCGUCGCACAUACGUUUCUAUGCGUUACAGGACCAUGACCAGAACCGCUGUGAACGUCAACAGCCACAACACUGGUAACCCCAACCUCAUUCGCUUCAGGUCCAGGCACUACGGUAAAGUCCAGUCCUUCGUGCCUCGUUACAACUGCAUUAUUGACCGUGUUCACCACGAGAACACUACCAUCUGGACCUACGACGAACUCAACCCUGAGGUCAUUCUCCGUGUUGUCACCUUUGUCCGUGACAACAUCCGUGGUGUCUUGCUCCAGUUGAUUGACUACGAAUCCAGGGAGGUUGACAGGCUUUACCUCAACACUAACCCUCAAACCAACGAGUACGUUCCAUUCUUGCACAAGGGUGAAAUGUUCUCUCUUUUCAAGACAUACUUGCUGAACAGGCGUACUGGUCUCCCCGGUUUCAGGACAUACAGGGAGAACGACAUCGACUGGACCCGUGAGAUUCUUCCAGGUUCCCACGACCACAACCGUAUCCACAGCAAGAGAUACAUUGCUCCAUCUGCCUACGAUGUUUCUGAAUACUUGUUGCGUAAGGAGGAGGAAGAAGAAACCUGCCCAUGCAAGGAGAAGGAAGCUGAGUUGGCCAGAAGGAAGGCUAGGGAAGAUCUUAAUGGUAUGAGUGCUGAGGAAGUCGCCAAGAAGGCCGCCAUUGAGGCCAAGCACGUCCACAUGCAGAACGUUAAGGACAACUCCUACUACAGCGGCGUCCCACUUACCUUGAGCAACGUUGUUCACAAGGAGGGUGUUGUAUGGGAUUCUAAUGGUACCGGUGAGGUUUGCCUUGACUACAGGAAGUUCGACAAGGGUCAAUACCGUCUUGUUGAGUGUGACAUCAUGACUCCUGAUGGUCGUGUUGAGGUCAGGUACUUCAUGAACACUCACAACGGCAGAGGUCACUACAAGGAAGUUGAGCUUUGCAGGGUUGGUAUGGACGUGUAAUCUGUUUAAGAUGGAUUUCCUUUUAUAUACUCCCCCUAUUCGGAUAAAUAGUUUUAGACUUUAGUUUUUCUUUUGAGAAAACUGGGUAGAUUUUUACCAAGGGCACAAUGGAUAUUACUGCCGCAAGUACCAUGUGUUAUUGAGUUUUAAGUUUUGUUUUUGCGGUUUUUUGUUGUUAUCGAUGUUGGGAAGAAGUAUGCUUUAUGUCAUAUCGAUGCGUGUUACACUUAAUGCGCUUAUACUGGCGGCUUAGAAAUGUUCAUAUAGCUGCUUUAGCUAUAUUUCACUUGUGAUGACGAAUCGCUGGAAUCUGAAAGAUUCCCACUGAUUCUGAAUAAGGAUGAUGUACAAUGACCGAAGACAUUUUGCUUGGAUACAUUUCGUAGCCUCUUCAUGAUAUUUGUUUGAAUUAUGCGGCUCGACUAUGUUUUUAAAAUCUUGCCGUACAUUCUACUAUGACGUAACAGAAACCUA